CGGUCAAUUACACGCUUUUGUUCUUAAAUACUUUAUGCAGAAACUGUGUGAAAGGAAGAGAGGAAAUACUUUAUUGGUUUCAGGAGUGGGGAGCCGGCUGAUAGCCGGGUGAACCGAAGGAGCAGGCGGAGUUGGCGCUAGUUUCCGAGCUUUCAUUGUUUGCCUGUCGAUGCAGUUGCACACGCUGCCAGCGAUAGUUUCGGCUUUCCUGCACUCUCCUUUGCCCUCAACCCAAGUGCCAGUGGAGUGCCUGGGAAGACGCGAGGUAAAGGCGACAGUGAUAGUAUCGUCAAAGGCAGGAGAGCUUCCGACCGCCCCCCCCCCCCCCUCCUCCCAAGCGCCUGAAAUACCAUCAAAGAGAAAGGGAAGAAGACACAAAGAGUUGGAUGCAAGCAACGCUGUCAGCGCUUCUCACUCACAUUCCAGGAACGUACGAGGGGAGAGCAAGUUGGAGGUCCACUCAUAAUGGGAGUCUGAAAAUGUGCGUGGCAAUGUUUUUCCGAAGCCGCUUUCUAUUCCUCCUGGCUGUAGCUGCCCUGCUUGCUGUCCUGAGUCUCAGCCUACAGUUCUUCCACUUGAUUCCUGUGACACAACCAAAAGAGGAUGGAAUGAUUGCUAAAAGCCGAAAACGAAUAUUGGUAAAUCCGCACACUGCUCCUCCAAAGUUGGAUCCAAUAUAUGAGGCCUAUCGGUACUGCAACAUGCCAAACAAAACUGAUCAUGGCCUGGAAGGCCAUGCACCCUCGGACUAUAAAUUGCUAUCAGUACAUGUUAUGAUUCGCCAUGGUGACAGGUAUCCUCUCUAUGCCAUUCCGAAAACAAAGCCACCACCUAUUGACUGUAUCCUAAUUCCCACUAGGAAACCUUCUCACCGCCUGCUGGAAACCUUCAUCAAGAACAGGAAUAUCGUCACUGCAUGUAAACUGGAUGGCCCCUUGAACAAUAUUGCUCUCCUUCCCAGUCACACAGUGUGUGAAAUGGGGGAACUGACCCAAAUAGGUGUUGUCCAGCAUCUGCUGAAUGGAGAACAUUUGCAUGACACGUACAUUAAGAAACAUAAACUGCUGCCUGAUAACUGGUCUACAAAGCAUCUGUACGUGGAAUCAACAGGAAAAAGUCGGACACUGCAGAGUGGACUAGCUCUGCUGUACAGUCUCCUGCCAAAAUUGGAUUGGGGCAAAGUACACAUCCGGUACCAGUGGAGCACCAUUUUCUGCUCUAACAGCUGUGACUGUCCAAUGCGUAAUCACUAUCUCGAGGAGGAACAACGACGCCAGUACAAUCUGCGGGUUAAAAACAGCCUGUUGGAACAGACAUACAUAGACAUGGCAAAAAUUGUGGGGAUUCCCACACGGCGGUUAAGAGCAGCUAAUCCCAUUGACUCCCUGCUAUGCCAUUUCUGUCACAAUGUCUCAUUUCCAUGUACAGAAUAUGGUUGCAUUAAUUUGAACCACUUUAAAGUCAUCAAGGCACAUCAGCUGGAAGAUGAGCAAGACAGGCAGAGGAAGAAAUUGUACUACAAAUAUGCACUACUUGCAACUCACCCACUUUUAAACCAGACUGUCACUCGCAUGCAACAGAUUGCUCAAGGGAAGAAAGAUGAAAUAUUUGCCCUCUACUCUGCUCAUGAUGUCACAGUGGCACCCCUGCUCAGCGCUUUGGGCAUUCCUGAUGCCAGUUUUCCUCGAUUUGGUGCUCGAAUAAUCUUUGAAAUAUGGCGAAAUGGACAGGUCAAAAGACAACAUUUUAUUCGUAUUCUUUAUAAUGGCGAUGAUAUCACAUUCCAAACUUCGUUCUGCUCUGGGCACAAUGCACAUUCCAAACAACUCCUCUGUCCUUUUGAGAAUUUCCUGAAUUUUGUAAGGAAGGACAUGUUUGCAGUUUUUAACAGCACAAAUUAUUAUGAUGCAUGCCACAGGAGGGUAUUUUGAAUAUCUCAGUUGCUGGAGUUUGUGUAAUGCUACAUGUUGUGUGUUUUAAAUAUAAUUGAUUUGAAUCAUUGGUGUUUUAUUUUGAUGAGAUUGUACCCCACCCCCCACCCAUGGCAGAGUUGUUUUAUUUCCAAUGAUAAUAAAUUAUAAUGUGGAUUGUACAAAUGUCAUGCUCCAGCUAUGUAUUGUGACACUGUGUUCCAGGGAUUUGUUAUGUCAUGUCUUUGUAUUGAAAAAUCCCAUUGUAGCUAGACAUGGUAACUAAAGCUUUCUAAAAUAAACCAGGGACAGAUAGCAAAGGCAUGAUUACACGUGUUUAAUAAUUCUUUAAGAAAAGGUGUGGUGUCAGAGAACUUU